AUGCCUUUCAUUGACCCAAAAGUUGCGUUUUUGUAUCGGAAAGGCCCUCGUUUGUCCAUUUCCCAGUUGCACCUUGGUGAGGUGGGAAUCCCCACGAUUUCAUCUGUUCUCGGGCGAAGAACAGAUGAACCGUUAUUAGGCUCAAACAGUUCAUUUCUUUGCCUGAGAACGAAGGUAGUAUCGGUGGUAGGUGGUGGCACGGAUGUGAAGAAGGUGGUGGGUGGUGGCAAAGAUUCAAGGAAGAUGAUUCGCUUAAGUGCAUCAUUGAUUGUAUUCAUUUUUUUAUUACGACAAGGCAUAGCUUUUCGUGGUCAUGAUGAAUUAAUUGAUUCAAACAACCACAAUAAUAAUUUAGAAAUCUUAAAAUUUUGGUGUGAUCAUAAUGAGGACAUCAAAAAGGCAGCUGAUAAAUGUCCUGGAAAUUUGAAGUUAACAUCUCCAAAAAUUCAGAAGGAUAUUGUACAUGUUUAUGUGAUUGAGUCGACUUAUAUUAUUUUUCAAGAUCUUAGAGGAAAAUUAUUUUCUAUUUUAGUUGAUGAAGUUCGAGAUGUAUCAGUUAAAGAGCAGAUGAGUGUUUGUAGUAUGUUUUGUAGACAAUCAGGGCAAGUGAUCGAGAGAAUUUUAGGAAUUGUUCAUGUUCCCGAUACUACUGCUUUAUUACUCAAAUUACUGAUUGAAGAUUUAUUUUUAAGGUAUAAUUUAAGUAUAUCCAGGUUGCGCGGUCAAGGUUAUGAUAGAGCAAGCAAUAUGCAAGGUGAGUAUAAUGGUCUAAAUGCUUUAGUAUUCAAGAAAAAUAAAAGUGCAUUUUAUAUUCACUGCUUUGCACGUCAACUUCAAUGGGCACUUGUUGAUAUUGCCAAAAAGUAUGUUUCCAUUGAAGUUCUUUUCACUAUGACAAAUAGCGUUGUCAAUAUCGUUAUUGGGUCUUGCAAGCGUCAUAACAUUCUUAUGAAAUAUCAAGCUAUGAGUAUUUUGAAGCGCUCGAACAUAUUGGGAGUUAGUAACAAGUUGUCGCUGGCGCUGCAGAGAAAAGAUCAAGAUAUUGUGAAUGCAAUGAACUUGGUUGAAAUAGGAAAAAUUUGGUUACAGUCAAUGAGAGAGCAUGGAUGGAGCUCCUUUUUAGAUGAAGUUUUCAUGUUUUGCGCCAAUCAUGAUGUAGAUAUCAUUAACAUGGAUGCGAUAUAUGUUGUUCGUAGACGAUCUCGAUGUAAUGCUGGGAAGGUUGUUUUUCUUGAGAAUCAGCUAGAAACCUAUAUUAUGGAUGUAAAAUUAAGUGAAGAAUUCAAGAAUUUGUAUGGAACAAGUGCUCUUGCUAUGAAUUUGGUGAGUACAAGAAGACAUAUUGUGUAUACGUUGGUAUACAAACUUAUAACUCUAACUCUUAUCUUACCAAUUUCAACUGCAACUGUGGAGCGAGUGUUUUCUGCUAUGGAGAUUGUGAAGACUUGA